UAGACAUCUACUUUCUGCAAGCAAACGCGCGAGCGCGUGGGAGGGUUUUCUCGGCUCUUGAAGAGCCGUAUUUUUUUGUUCUUUUUAUUUUUUUGGCGGAGCUGCGAAAAAUUUCGUUCCCCCUUCUUCCCUUCGCAGCCUUGGGAAACCUAUCUCUUAGAGAAGCUGCGAGAACGUUUCCAGUACUUCUCUUCGAAACCCUACGUCGUUGAGCGAGAAGUUCUCUUUCUUCUGCGGAUCCGCUUCGAUUGCUCUGAUAUAUAACAAGCUUGCUUCUUCGAAGAAUUUAUUUGGAAGCCCUAGAUGGCAGCUAAGCCACUAACAACAGAAGCAAUUGCCCUUACUGAAAAGAAAAUGGACAUGGCUUUAGAUGAUAUCAUAAAAAUGUCAAAGACAAAUAAGUCUAAAGGGAAAAGACCUCCAAGGCAGUCGAUCAAAAGCCGGGGUUUCCAGAAUGGCAAUGCUUCUCAGGGUAGCACUAAGGCUCGGCGAUUCAUGGAUUCUAGAUCAUCAAUUAGACAGGGUGUACUUGCACAGAGAAGGUCAAAUUUCCAUGGGAAUCAGUUUCCUGUAACAACAGAGAUUGCUAGGAAGGCUGCUAUUAUGCCAAUUCGUAAAAGGGGAGUUAACUGGAACAGGCAAAGAGUUGCAGUCGCAACAGUACAAAGGAAGUCAGCUGAUGGUAGCUUUGCUGGAAAGAAUAAGGUGGUUUCCAAGCAGAGGCCCCAGACCUUGGAUGCACUCUUUGCAAAUAUGAAAGAGCAGAGGAUGAUGGCGAUGUCCCAGCAGACAAUGAAUGGUAAUGGCAGUCAGACUGCUCCAAGGCAUCGUGCCCAGCGGCGGGGCAGGGGUGGAGCUCCACCUGGUGAUACUGGCCGCCGGUUUGGAAACUAUGUCAAAUGAAAGCAAUGGUAUUGCCUCGUAUAGGUUCAUGUCUCUCCUGUUUCCAUCGUAUCCUUCUUAGUGAUGCAUCUAUUAUGUUAUCCUUUGAAAAGGUUCUGUUGGUUGCAUGGAAGAAGAGUGGAAGGGCCACUGUCAUUCCCCCUGUAUUUGCAUCUUCUGCAACUUUUAGCUGCUUGAGUAUGCUGUGUAGUCCUUUGUUACGCUUUAGAAAUUGUCAAUGAGAUUGCCUUGUAUGAAUCUUGAUGGAGAUUUGUAAUUAAUGGAUCAGAAUGAUUGGUUCUUGUUGGUCCCCUUCAGCUGCUGGUGCUAUUUCCAGGAGCCGGGUGGUAGUGGUAGUAAUACUUGGGGAGAAGCUGCAUCAGCUGGAACUAUAAUUGUUUGGAUCUUAUUCUGGAAUUGCAUUGUAUUGGGGUUUCUUGGAGGAGCUCUAAUGAUGGUUGAGAAGUAAAUUUCAAUGGUGUGUGAAGCUAUUUUAGGGUCUCUAGACUGUUUUUAAAGCACAAGUGGCAUAUUCCUAGUUGGUACUCGGCCGGCAUAUCGGAGCAGCAGAUGAAGCUAAAUAAUUGAGAUCAUAAUGUUGGAAGCUCCACUCUUGAAGUGUAAGGAUUGUUGCCAGCUGAUAGUGGUUUCAGAGUGGUACAAUUCUUCAAUUAAGUUGAUUUCUGUUGGUAAAUAAUCUGUAAUUACUUGAACGAUGUUUCUUC